AUUGCGUAAUUAAAUGUUUGCAUAGGCAAGUUAUUUACAAAAUUGGAAAUCAGACAAAAAUUUUACUAAUCCAAUAUUUAUUUUCAAUAUUUUAUUAAUUAAUUUCAAUAUUUUAACUUAUAAGUUUAUUACCUUCUCAACUGGCAAGAAAAUUUUGCUAGUUGCUACUGAGUAAGUAAUUUGAGCAAAUUAAAAAAAAAAAAAAAAUUUGAAAAAAUACACAAAGUUCUCCUUUCAAAGAUGUAUGUAUUUUAAAAAAUCAACUGACUAAACGCCAACAUCAUAACUGCCAGUAGAUCAUAACUGUAUCAAAAACCAAAUGACAAUUACUACUAUUGAAAACUUAUAUGCAGUAACUUUUUUAUGUAAACGCUCAUUAAGACUCAUAUACAGUAAAACACGGUUAAGUGGAUCACGCUUAAUUGCAUCAAAUUUUCGUGGCUUGUACUUUUUUCGAUUUUUUCAUAUAAAAAAAUUCAACAGUGCACAACACGCUUAUCUGCACAUAUAUUUUUUCCCUCAUGUAAUACUUAAUAUGUAAAUUUAUUCGGUUAACUGCACAUCCCUGUUUUUAUUUAGCAUAAAUGUCAAAAAUGAAAAAAUACACUCUCAACUACAAAAUAAGAAAAGCAACACUAUGUAGCUACACAAAAUAUUUUAGUUUCUGUCAUUGUCAAAUUUUGAGUGUUGAUUUCGAUACCAGAAAAAGUAUUUACUGAGAUUGUAGCAUGUGAUGACAAUCUAGAAUGUUACGGUGAUUGGACCGACAUAGAAAUUAUGAAGAACUAAUGAGGAAAACGAUGAAGAACUAAAUUUUGUGGAAAAUUCUGAACCUCCUUUUAAAGUUCUCAAAAAAGAUGCUAUAAUAGCUCUUUCAACACUUACACUUUAUUUAGAACAAAAUAAUUUUGAAGAUGAAUUUAAUAUGCAGAGUAUUGAAAAUCUUGAGAAAGCAUUUUUACAAACUUUAAAAACAAAAACCCAAGCAAAAAUCAUAAAAUAUUUUGUGAAUAAAAAAAGUUUGUAAGUUGUCAAUAUUAUGUAUGUUUUCUAUUAAGGGAAAUUAAUUUACCAUUGCUAUUAUUAUUUUUAUAAUGAAGUUAAAUGUGCAAUUUUUUGAUUUUUUGUUGAUUUUGAAAUAAAAUUUUAAUUUUUAACUUAUAAUUAGAACCAGUUUUUAAUAAAUUCAAUUCUUUGACAUCGGAGGUAAUUUUUUAAGUCGAAUUCGUAUAAGUGGAAAACACGCUUAUAGUGGACAAAAUUUUCUUGCCUGAUCGAUUUCCACUUAACCGUGUUUUACUGUAUAAAAAUUUCGUGUCCGUUAUAUUUGACAUUAAUAUUCUCUUGUGUCCUUUUUUGUUUACAAGGUAGAGUACAAAACAAAUAGAUCCAUCAUUGUGUAUACUUAAAACUGCUGUUGCUUUUAACUAAACGGCAAGUCAAUCUUAUAUGUUCAACUACAGCAUCACGACAUUGAAAAUCUUGAAGUUUAAUCACGGUUGACAGAUGUACUUUUUAUAAUGUCAAGAGUUUAACUAAUAAUUGUAAACAACAGCAAGUGGCAAAGCUGAUUAGUAACUUAUAAUUGAUAAUUGUAUUUUAUAAAUAAUGAUAAUUUUUAUUUGCUUUGUUUUUUUAUUAAUAAAAACUUGAGUGCCAACAACAUAUUUCAGUAUGAUAUCGAAUGUUGAUUAUUUUGAACAAUUUCGACGGCAUGUUCGAGACAAUAAAUUAGCUCGAGCUCGUAAUGAUGAAUCAGUAUCUUUGCUAUUGUCAAAUUUUGGUAAUGAAGCAUAUGAUUGCAGUGAGAAGUUUUUUGAACAAGGUAUAGAAUUCAGAGAUUUAGCAUCCCUUAACAGAGAAGAUCUUCAACUAUUUGGAAUUAAGGAUAAUUGUAUACAAACCGAAAUGUUGGAGAUAUUUUCUCAGUUGACUAAGCAAGACUUUAGCUUGGACGACAUAAAAAAUUCUUCUGAGGCCGCGAGGUAUAAUAGUGAAAUUGUAGACAGUGCUGCUUCUUAUUUAAAUACAAUGAAAUUGGCGCUAACAGCAACAAAUUUAAAAUUAAAAUUAAAACCGUCUGGGGAUAUUGUUGUAGACGAAAGAAAUUUUGCCAGCAAAUUUGUUUUAGAUGCCUUAUGUGAAUUACAACAUAUGACAGAUGAAAUAGAAAAGGAGUUAAAAAAUCUAGAAGAAAUAUGCUGCGAUAGUUUAGAACAUGAAAAAAGAAAACCUGGCAACGCAGCCUUGUACAUCACCUUUGGAACCAUUUUGGCAUUGAGUAUGUCAAUUGCUUUUUGGAAAUUACGUUAAAAAUUCUGUUUAGAUUAGAUUGUAGGUAUACGCGGAAGAGUAAUCAGUUGCUGUAAAUAAAGUGUAAAUUUAAAAAUUCAUUAGAUAUAUUAUGUAGUUUAUUUCAAUAUAAAUGUUCUACUUUUUAUUGUUAUAAUACAUCUUAAAAUUUUGUUGUAAAGGUACUUAUGGGUUUAAACGAACAAAGAAAAGCAAAUUAUGUAGGAUGUCUUAAAUGAAAUUGAAUGUAGUAACGUAUAUUUACAUAUAACUACGUAAAAUGCAGGUUUAAAAAGUGGAUAAGUAGAUAUUUUGCAAUAAAGUUCUAUUCAUAUCUAAUAAAAAUAAGUUAUAUUUCACAAUGUGAUA